UGGGCGACCCGAACGCCAGUCCAGGCGAGUCCGGGCGCUGCAGCUGCGGGACAGAAGAUGGACCGGAGCCGCUCCGUCAACAUGGGUCUGCGCCGGUCGGCGUGCGCGUGUGGCGUGUUCCUCGUGGUCCUGUACGCGUGUCUGGCGGUCGCGCACGAGGAUGCAUCCAACCCCGUGCCGCUGCCGUUGCUGCUCGAGUCCUUGCGCAGCGACAUCCUGCACCUCCCCGACGUCCCCGACGUCCGGCGCGUUUCCCGAGGCGUGGGUGUCGGCGCGAAUGACGCGGUGCUUGCGGACGCCGCGGUGCCCUGGUACUCGCCCGCCACGCGGGACGACGACAACUCGGCGGCUAGGGACGAGCUCCAAGUUACUGCUCUAAUCAAGGAUGAGGCUUUCAACUAUGGAGCUGGAGUUAACAAGUGGUAUUCAUUGGUCGUUGGCAGUACAACACACUUGGUGGGCCUUGGCUCGUCAAAGGAACUUACUUUACUCACCGCCACAUUCGUUUCCCCAGAUGUUGGGUCUGGACACACCUAUUCACUUGUACAAAAGAAAUUUGCUCUUAGCGGAACACCUUUGGCUGCUGGUCUUUUUAAGCAUUGGAAUGCUGUGUCAAAGACACUUGAUGCGAUUCUUGUUCUUUCAGUCGAUUCAGAUGAUGGAAUCUUGAUGUGGUAUCGUAUCACUGCUUCUGGCUUGGACAAUAUAAGACCACCAUGGCCUGUUCACAAGAAAGCAUCAAAUCUUAAGGUGUUCCAAGUCAGAGACAGGAUGAAGUUGUUAAUUUUAACAUCUUGUGAGUCUUCUCUAGAAAUCUUACCCUGCAUGGCCAGUGCUGACCUUUAUGACUUCAGUUUAGAUGCUCAUCUGGAUCCCAAGCUCUCACAGUCUAUAACACUUGAGGAGGAAGCUGUAACAGCAGAGGUUGGUGCUGUGGGUGAAGAAAUUUAUCUUGCAUUAGCGCUGCCACAAGCUAGUGCUGUUAAAUUGUAUCGCUACGUUUGGCCCCUGCCCUCUGAAAUAAGUGGAAUCGGCAACCAUUCCAUUUAUGGUUGGUUUGAUCCAUUUUGGAAGGACUUGCAUAGCCCUCGAGUAGCACAUGCAGUUUUCUUCCAUGUCAGCUAUAAGAUGUAUCUUGCUGUUGGUGGGGAGAGUCCUACAGUGCACCGUUUUGUGAGUCCAACAAGGAUUGAGAUUGUUCCAAAGGCUCUUGAAGGUAUUGGUUUUGUCUCAACUUGGGUAGUUUUACCUGUUCCUACCUUCCGAGAUGAAGUUAUUUUACUCGCUGAAGUGCUGCACUCUGAAAGUGCUCCUGUUAUGAAGGAAGUUGUGACUUUAACUUGGUCUAGUUCCGGUAUUUUCAAAUGGCAGAACCAGCCUCCGUGCUUUGUUGGCGGAGUUAAGUUUCCUGUGGAAGGAGCAUCUUGCCUUAUAGCUGGGGGUGACGAAUCUCGAUUGUAUGGAGCUGUAGCAUAUCGAGUAGGAGAUUCAUCGGUGGUGUCAGUACUUCUACCGAGGGGCAAGCAGGCUUCUUCGGUGUACCGCAUUUUCACUCAACUUCAACCAGUUCUGAAUCCAUUGCUGGCAGAGGUCUUUAUUUUGAAAGACGCUCAAGCAAAAUUAAAGGAUGAGUUAAUGAAUCAGAUUUUUGAAAUGGAUAGGACUGAAAAACUUCUUUUGGAUACACUGAGCGUGAAUGAACCUAACAUAAUUAAAGCCGAUUGGGUCAUAUCGGAAGUAGAGACGCCUGAACUUGAAAAUACUGGAACACUUCCUCCAAUUAAUGAACCUGAUUGGACACCAGAAGAUCAGUUGGUUAAAAUACAAGAACUGAGGGAACUUUUGAACCUCUUGCGUAAUUCGACAGAAAGUUUAUUAGGCUCAUUGGAGGAUGCAGCAGUGCCUGUGAAUGGAGAAUUGCAUUUGGAUGAUUACCAGGCUCUUCUUGGAGGUGUGGAGGUCACCAACCAUGCAGAGUUUGACUCUCUAUCAGUUAGUGUGUUGAAUGGGGAGCCAGUCCCAAGUCUGCUCAAAGAGAUUGUGAGAGUUGACAGAGUGGACAAAAUUGGUGGAACCAAGACAUUGUCCAAAGUAAAAGUAGUUGAUGUAGAUUUCGUGACUGUAAAUAAUAUUCAAAGGGAUGAUCUGGUAUUUAACAUACCCAAUAAACCUGUGAGGCUGUACGGAAAUUUAGAAGUAACUCAAUUCCUUAAUGUUGAGCAAAACGUCGAUUUACCAUCUUCAGGGACUUUUGGUGGAAUAGAUUUGUCUGAAGAAAUUUUCAUUCCAGGAAGGGCAUUUCAAGGAGUCGUUCAUUUUGAUGAAGUAACAGUUGAAGGAGAUUUAACUGUUGAUGUCAUCAACAAUGUGGCAAUGAGUCCCCGCAACCUGAAAUCCAUGGUAUCGGGACAGAACAAUUUGCAAAAUGUGACCCGUUUGGAUAGCCUUAGUGUUGCUGGUAGUGUUCAAGUUGAGAGAGUUAACGGCUUCUCUUGGAGUGAUUUAGUCAAGAGGCUUGUGUGGAAGAAUGAGUCUACUAUUAUUGAAGGCCACACCAAGAUCCAAGGGACCUUGACGUCAGAGCAAAUUGAGAACAGACAAUUAAAUGGUCUGGACUUCCCUGCUGACUUUGUUCUGAAAACGACUGAAAGUCAACACAUCAUUGCCAAGAAAACCAUGAAGAAUGGACUGUUUGUUGGCUCUUUGGAUGUCUCCAAUACUGUUGAUAGAGUGCCUGUUAAUUCAUUUGUUACUCUCCGUACUAAUCAACACCUUGAUGGAGAGUUGACCCUUUCAGAAGCUGAUAUAAAGGGUGAUGUAAAGGUUGAUUGGGCUGUUAAUGGAAUUCGUCUGAAUCAAAUGAAUUCACAGAGUCCCCUUAUCAAUGAAGGUUCUGUGGUAUCUUCAAAUGUUCUCUUUAAAAAUCUUGAAGUUCUUGGGCCCAUUCAGAUCACAGGCCUCCUGGAUGGACGUGUCUUUAAAGAUGACAUCUUAAAUGUUGUUGUACUGCCUUCUUCUGCGAACGACACUGUUCUGAUAAGUGGGAAGAAAAUUGUCACAGGCAGUUUAAAGGUAGAUGGCUUGGGAAUAACUAUUUCCUCAGGAUUUGUUAAUGGAAAGAAAGUAUCUGAUAUAGCUCGGCUGGAUCAAUCUCAAGAAUUUCAUGGUGAAAAAUCUAUUCAACAUGCUGUCUUUGGAAAUAUUCAGCUGACUGGUGUAUGGGAUGAUGUUAAUGUUGUGGACUUAAAUGCUGAGGCAGUUCGCCUCACAGGCACUCAAGACACAAAUACUCAUUUGAACUUCAUAGACCCAUCUAAACUAUUUGCAUCUAGGUUGCUUAUAACAGAGCAACUGAAUACUCACGUUGCAAGCACAGCGUCAAGCCUUUUGUCAGAUGGUGUGUGCUCUGUAGAUAACUGUGUAAUUCAGGGCCCUGUCAAUGUCAAUUUCAUGAAAGUUGCAGGAAAUGUUGUGAUUAAUGGAAAGGUCUGCAACUGGAACCUUGUUGAUUUUGAGACCCGUCGUGUGAGUCGAUCUCGUCCCCAAACCAUCUCUGGCAACAUUUCUUUUGGCAAUAUGAAUGUUAAAAGUCACGUCAAUAUCUCAGCUCUAAACAAUGUACCUCUUCAGAAUUUCAAGAAACGUGUCCUGCCAAAUUUCUCUAGCUAUGAAGAUCUAGAAAAGUUGUUACUCUCUGGUGGCUUUGCUGUCGAUGAGCUUUUCAUUGAAGGAAAUAUCCGUACUACUAGUGGUGUGAACUUCCUUAAUCUAGCCAAGAUUGCUCAGAAUGCUGUGAAGCUUACUGGUGGCAACACUUUCUCAGGAUCUCUCUUCUUUGAGGACUCCUUGUCAGUUGGUUCUCUGGAUGUACGUGGUCCUGUGAAUCGCUUCAAUCUGGCUUAUAUGAUUGAAGAUGCAGUGCUAAGGAAUGAUCUUCAGCCAGUCACUAUUUCUGGUAUUAAGAGAUUUGAUGCUGGCUUCACCGUAGAGGGAAGCAUUGUGACCAAUAAUCUAAAUGGUUUUGAACCGUCAAAGAUCAUCACUAAAUCUUCGUCGGCUUCUAUUCUAGGAUCUCUAAGAGUGCUAGGUGGUGUGUAUGCUGGAAACGUUAAUGUCUCAGGACUUCUGAACGGUAUUCCAGUGUUAGCGUUCCUCAAUAGGUAUAAGUAUUUAGGUGGAGACCGUCAUGAACUCUUAGGAAAUGCUCACUUUUUGGAAGGAGUGGCUGUGGAUGACUUGUAUGUCAUGAACUCAGUAAAUGGAGUGCAUUUGGAACAAUUUUUCAAGUCAACUGUGAUGAAAGAUGAACCUUCUCGCAUCCCAGGAAUCAAGUUAUUUGUGAACAGGGUGGCUUUCACUGUUGUGGAUGUGACUGGUUUGGUUAACAAUCUUCUUUUAAGAGAGAUGGUUCAGGAUGUGGUUCUUAUCAAUGAUGAUAAACCAGUGGUAAUUAAUGGGAGCAUUACAAUUGCCAAUGACCUAUCAGCACCAGCUGGUGUGUCACUCACAGAAAAUUUGAUUGCCCUGGAACUAGAUGGAUGUUUGAUAAAAGAAUGGGUGGACAAUGCUAUCUACCUGAACAAACCAACUGACAUCUUGGGUUUUAAGACAUUUGCAUCCAUGAGCUCUAACUCAGACUUAUCUCUGUCAGUCAUCAAUGCACUGGACCUUUCAAAAGUAAUUACCCUCAAGGAUCCUCAGAAGAUUCCUUCAAAUGUGCGCAUACUUACUGCUGCAAUGCGUCAUAAUGUGAAAGUGGAUGGACUUGUGAAUGGAAGAUUGCUUCAAUCAGAGUAUGACAACACUUUAAUGUCUACAGGAAAUCAAAUUGUUUCGGGUUCUAAGACAUUCCUCAGUGGCUUGACAGUGAGGAAUGAUGUUCUCAUCAAAGGGUACAUCAGUGGUAGGGAUAUUACAAAUGUGGUCACUCUAGAGGAUAAUGAAGCUGUAAAUGGUCCAUUGAAAUUCACAAAUGUUGUUGUUGGUGGUGACAUGAGGGUUUCGAGCCUCAUAUCUGGCUUGGAUGUCACUCAAUGGAAUGAACGUGCAUUCCUUACAAGAUCUACUCAACCUCAGUUGAUAACUGGAUCAUGGGAUGUGAAGGGCCAAGUGAGGUUCAUGGAACGCGUCGGAGGACAUGGUUUAUUGGGCGGACAAAAUGUGAAUAAUUUCCCUGAAUUUAUUCGCGAAACCAGGGAGUUUAAUAGGAAAACACAAGCUGCUAUUAAGGAUGAAUGGGUACAGCUUUGCCGAGAUACUGAUGCUCUGUUGGCCAAGGCUAGGGCGCAGCCUUUCUUGUUCCAGCAGUUAGAAGUUGUGCAAGCGAUACAGUCAAGCAAGAAAAUCGCCAGCAUGCAUGCCUUUGAGGCUUUGAAUGAACAAUUUCUGGCUGUGAGCUAUACUGACCUAUGUUCUGGGGCUAUGUACCGUUGGAAUAGGCAGAGAACUGCUUGGGACCUCCUUGAUGAAGCUGUGCAGAAUAUAGGUAGUGUUGAAAAAUGGGCCACUCUACGAAACCCAGAAGCCACUUACCUUAUUACGUCAGCUGCACAAGAACACAAUUGCCCCUACCAAGGUGGCAAUGUUUGGCGGUUUGAGCCAUCAGUUAAACUGCGGAAUGUCUAUACUAUGGACCCCUGGCAUGAUGUUAGUGUUGACCAAGAAGCUGGUCGCUUGCACCUUCUUGGCCGCUCCGGAGUACAUACUUGGUCUUUGGAAGAUGGAGAUGUUAAGUUAGUCAGCAACAGCAGCAUUCCUGAAAGUAGUCGUUCUCAAUUUUUACCACGCUCCGCUGGUCUUGGUUUGUCAGUUACUGAUGGCAAGUCAGUGACAGUGUUAGAAGGCCCAGGAUUCAAUGCGACACAGGUUUCUCGUUCUGCUAAUAGCAAUUUGCCGGCAUGGAGCAGGGGCAAUGUUGUGGCCAUGAAAAUUGCUGAUGGCCGUAAGCUAGUCGCAGUGUCUGCUGAGGGCUCUGACUUGCUUGUGGUGUAUGAAGAUGUAGCAACUGGUCAGUCACUGGCAAGGGUUCAGGUUGAAAAUGCACACUCUCUUAGUGUCAUGGAACUGACAGCUCCAGGUCGCAAUGGUCAAACUUUACUGGCUUUUAUUGAGAAUGAAAGGCAUUUAAGAGUUGUUCAGUACAAAGGUGUUGAAGGUUUUGUCGAUGUGACAGAAGCUAAGUUGGCAGUUUCGGUAAAGGAAAUGGUUCCGGUCCGUUUGUUCACCCGAGGCCUCGUUAACCAGCGCCAUUUCCUGCUCCUCCGGUCAGAUCUCCAAGUAUUAUCUCUCGAGGUUGAAAUGGCAGGCGACCCCCUAGAUGAGACCCCAUUAAACUGCAAUUUGGUUUAAUUUUCAAAUUUUAUAUUCAUUACUUGUUCAACAUCAAGUACCUGUAAAUGUUGAUAGAUCUAAGGAACUUGAUUGGAAAUUUUAUUUAAACAAUUUGUUUAUGUGGAUAUAAAAUGUUCGUAUGAAAUCCUGUCUCUAAUGCUGUUUCCUCUAGUCACUGUUUUAAAUGUAUAUUGUUUAAAAUAAAUUGGUGUUAAUUAAA